UUUUUUUUUUCCGAGUAAUGGAGCCAUCCUUCGAAACGCGGUUGUUUUGUUACAUAUAAAAAAAAACAGUAAAAUAAAAAAAAAAGUUUGUUGAACUCUUCCUCUGAGGAAGAAACCUAGGAUCCGCUGUUUUAUGAGUGAUAGCGUGAUCUGAGGUUUCGGAUUUAUUUUUGUAACAUAAAAGAAAUGAGCGAUCACGUGGUGUUGUGUGUUGACCGGUUGAUAAAGCCGCCGGCGGAGGCUGAUCGGAAGGUCCCAGAGGCCUCUGCUGCUGGACCUUCAAGUCCGACUGAGGAAACAAACGGUGCCGUUCUAGCAAAUGAUGAUGAUGAGGAGGAACCGUUGAUUCAGGUCACCGAGUGCCGCAUUUGUCAAGAGGAGGAUUUGGUUACCAAUUUGGAAACUCCUUGUGCCUGUAGCGGUAGCCUCAAGUAUGCUCAUAGGAAAUGUGUUCAGCAUUGGUGCAAUGAGAAAGGAGAUACCACUUGUGAGAUAUGCCAUCAGCCAUACCAAUCUGGCUAUACUGCUCCACCUCGUCCAGCUCGCUCUGAAGAGACUGCUAUUGAUAUUGGCGGGGGCUGGACCAUAUCCGGCACUCCUCUAGAUCUGCGGGAUCCUCGCCUUCUGGCAAUAGCCGAUGCGGAACGCCAUUUUCUAGAAGCCGAGUAUGAUGAGUAUGCUGCUUCAAAUGCCAGUGGAGCAGCAUUUUGCCGUUCAGCUGCUCUGAUUCUGAUGGCACUUUUACUCUUGAGGCAUGCAUUGACUGGUACAGAUGGUGACGGAGAUGAUGAUGUGUCUACCUUUUUCUCUCUUUUCCUGCUAAGAGCAGCUAGUUUCCUUUUCCCUUGUUACAUCAUGGCUUGGGCCAUCAGCAUCCUGCAGCGUCGAAGGCAAAGACAGGAGGCAGCGGCACUGGCAGCAACGCAAGUUGCUUUUGUGCUCCAGUCGGGCCAGCAUAGGGGUUUGCAUUUUACGAUAGCAUCAGCACCCCAAGUAACUGCACAUCAGCAACCUGUUUAACUAGGAAUGCUGAAGCAAAAUUCUAAGAAAUUAUGUUCCAAAAAGUUAAGUGUAUGAUAUGCUUGCUUUCUUUUGGCACUCUUCUGAGUUUGAUGAUAUUGUAUAUAUGGUUCCACGUCAUUAGGAGCUGCUGUAUAAUUGUUUGAAAUCUUAAUAUGCUGUUGAAUUUUAGCAUUCUACUCGAAUUCUGUGUUUAA